AUGCAGUGUCUUAAAAAAGCUAGUAAUUUACAACGUUGUGUUCAAGUUGAAUGGGAAGAUGGUCUUUUAGCUAAGUUUUCCUACAUUUGGCUCAGAGAUAAUGCACGUAGACGUCCAAGCCUUAUUCAUUUGGAUUUGAAUACUCGACCAGAAGAAAUUAAAUGUUCAAAAGAAGCGUUAGAAGUUCAAUGGCCGCCGUUUGUUGCCUCAAAGUAUACUUCUUCAUUUCUUCGUCAAAAUGCUUUUAAUCAAAAUGAUCGUCUAAAUAAAAUUUCUGAUCUACUUAAAGACACUUCAACAACUGUAUCCUCGUCCUCAACAGCAGAAGAAAAGCAGAAUCACUCAAUUUUGGAUCAUUCAAAAAUGGAUUCGUUAGAUGAGAGCAUGGCAUUGGGAACGUGUUAUUGGGAGGAUUAUGCACAAGAACCGGUUUGA